AUGGACCAACUCUCCGGCUACCGCGUAGCCUCCAAACUCUCAAAGCAACGCCUUCUCCUCGCCAUAAACUCAGUAUGCGCCCUCUCCAUCUUCUUCUUCGGCUACGACCAAGGCAUGAUGGGUGGAGUCAACAAUGCGCGCAACUACAUAGACCUCAUGAAAUUCGGCUACGUCUCCGAAUCCGGCGACCCAGUCAUCAUCGACUCCCUGCUCCAAGGCGGAUCGAUUAAGACGAUUGCGUUGGGCGCUAUUUGGGCAAUUUUGGGUGCCGGUCUGCAGUGUUCUGCUAUGAAUGCCAAUUGGAUGAUUUGUGCGAGGGCGGUUAAUGGGAUUGGGACGGGGAUAUUAAAUGCGAUUGUGCCGGUUUGGGCGACGGAGACGGCGGAACAUACGAGUCGAGGGCAAUUCAUUGCGAUUGAGUUUACGCUCAAUAUCUUUGGGGUUGUGGUAGCGUACUGGUUGGAGUUUGGACUCAGUUUCAUUGACGAUGGGAGGAGUCCGAUCAGAUGGAGGUUCCCGAUUGCGUUCCAGAUCAUUCCGUUGUUGGUGCUGUUGGGGAUCGUGUGGUUCUUCCCGGAGUCGCCGAGGUGGUUGGUCAAGGUGGGACGGGAUGAAGAGGCGAGAUAUAUCCUUGGGAGAUUGAGAGGUGAGGACGAGGAGGGAACUGUAAAGGCCGAUGCGGAGUUCCAUGAUAUCAAGAACAUCGUCAUUCACGAGCGGAAGACUGCGAACCGGAACAGCUACUUCUCCAUGCUCUUUGGCAUUGGUGCGGGCAAGCUGCACACAGCACGAAGGGUGCAGUUAGUCGUCUGGCUGCAGAUCAUGCAAGAGUGGAUCGGUAUUGCUGGUGUCACGAUCUAUGCGCCUACCAUCUUCCGGAUUGCAGGCUUCAGCUCCGAGAAGAGUCAGUGGAUUAGCGGCUUGAACAACAUCUUCUACAUGUUCAGCACCCUGGUUUGUGUUUUCACGCUCGAUCGAAUCGGCAGACGUUGGACGCUUUAUUGGGGAUCUGUUGGCAUGGGCAUCGCCAUGUUCUUGGCUGGUGGCAUGGCUCGUGCUGGGAUCAAUGCCACCGCAGCUGGCAACGCAUCUGCUGCCAGCGCGUAUGGUGCAGCGGCGGCGUCCUUCGUCUUCAUCUUCACCUCCAUCUUCGGCGCCACUUGGUUGACUGUCCCUUGGUUGUACCCGGCCGAAAUUUUCCCUCUCGAAGUACGAGCAAAGGGCAAUGCAUGGGGUGUGGUGGGUUGGUCCAUCGGAAACGGCUGGCUGACUCUGCUGUGUCCGGUCAUGUUCAACGCCAUCGGCGAGAAGAAACUUUACAUCUUCGGAGCUUGUAACGUGAUUACGAUCCCGAUGGUGUGGGCACUGUAUCCUGAGACGAACGGCAGAACCCUCGAAGAGAUGGAUCUGUUAUUUGCUGCUGAUACGCCGUGGGUGUGGGAUGCGGAGAGGAACUUCAAGAGACUGAAAGAGGAGAACCCGGACCUGGUACAGGCUGCGAGGAGAGGUGCAUCGGUGGUGGAUCCCGAGGCUGGAAUGAAGAAGAUUGAAGAGACGCAUGUGGUGAAGGAGGAAGUGGCGAAGUGA